UAUCAUAUUCAUAUCCAACAAUAACAUUCAGCUCCAACAUCCCCAACACACCUCUCUUCACAUCUAAAUUCAUCUAUUCCCAAAACUCUCUCUCUCUCUCUCUCUCUCUCUCUCACAGAGGACAGUGCAAGAACAAGGCAAGGUCGGAGUUUCUGUAGAAAAAUCAAUGGAGAUGGAAUCAUGUGUCCCUCCUGGCUUUAGAUUUCACCCAACUGAGGAAGAACUCGUGGAAUAUUAUCUCAAGCGAAAGAUUAACUCAUUGAAAAUUGAUUUAGAUGUCAUUGUCGACAUUGAUCUCUACAGAAUUGAACCAUGGGACAUCCAAGAUAGGUGUAGAUUGGGAUAUGAAGAACAAAGUGAGUGGUAUUUCUUCAGUCACAAGGACAAGAAGUAUCCAACGGGAACGAGGACUAACAGAGCCACUGCUGCUGGAUUCUGGAAGGCAACAGGGAGAGACAAGGUUGUGCUUUCAAAGAACAGAAUAAUAGGGAUGAGAAAGACCCUAGUGUUCUACAAGGGCCGCGCACCCAAUGGAAGGAAAUCUGAUUGGAUCAUGCAUGAAUAUCGACUCCAAACAUCUGAACAUGCACCUCCUCAGGAAGAAGGAUGGGUGGUGUGCCGGGCAUUCAAGAAACCGAGUCCAAAUCACAAGCAAGGCUUCCAAGCUUGGAAUAAUGCUUACUAUGCCAUGGACAAUGGCAAUUUCAACUUGCCUUCAUGUUCGGAUUCAGUAGCUCCAAUGCAAAUGGUUUAUACGAAUCAAGGCAUUGCGUUUCCACAAUCACCAUUUGGUUCAGAACAAGAUCUUAUAUCCAACCAUACUCAUCUUGAAAACCAGCUUGUUGAACUUCCACAGCUAGAUAGUCCCAGCCUUUCAGAAAGUUUGGCCACAAAAGGCGGUUCUGAUCAGCAAAAUGGCAUCAUCAACAAAGAUUGUGAAGAUGAAAGGAGCAAUCAAGGAUGCCAAUAUGUUGAUUGGAAAAAUUUAGACAACUGGCUCAAUCAUUCGAACUUUCCAUUAGUCUCCCAAGAAUAUGAGCUAAAUGCUCACAACCAUGCAAGCCAUCUUUUCACAUGCUUCCCUGAUUUAUAGCCACAAUUUAAUACAUAAAUAUAAAUAUGCAAGAUAAGAUUUUCCUCCUAAUUAAUAAGAGUUAACCCAUCAACAAUUAAGGUCCAAAUCUUAUUUAGAUGUUUUGGAAAACAGAAAAUACAUGCUGAAUUCAAAGUAGAGGAGCAAGGAAUUGCAGUGGAAAAAAUAAAAAAUAAAAAAAUUGGAGAAAUAUAUGUGAAAUAUGAGUUAACCCCAACUUUGGUGCCUUGGGUGGAAUUGUUAAUUCAACUUUCUAGUUUAUAAUUGUAAGUUAUGAAGCAUUUGAUACAUUUUGUACUUAUUGUUUUUGUUUUGAUAGCAUUAUCUUUAUUGUAACAAAAGGUGAUUAUGAACUUACUGAACUGUAAAUCAUGCAUUUGAUGAUUAGA